AUGUCUCUACGAUCACUAAUCUUUCUAUCAACACUUUUUAUCAUAUCAGCAUCAACAUUAAAGUGCUACGAAGGUUCCCGAGGGAUUGUAAACGGAGAAGACUCUUCAAAUUUCGUCCAAAAUGUGUGUGAUGACAAUAUGACAUACUGUUUCGAGUCUUAUAAUUCAAAUCUGACAGAAGUGACUGCUAGUUGCCAGAAUAUGGGAACGGAUCAGAAGUUGUUGGAUGUUUGUAAGAUGGACGGAAAAUGCAAAGAACGCACCGACAUCGACUUAACAGUUUGUUGCUGUACAGCGGAUUUGUGUAACCUACAAGACGAUUUGAAGCCAACACCAGAAACUCCAGAAAUCGAUGGAUCCUCCGAACAAUUGAAUUCAACAGAUGUUUCAUCUUUGGAAACUACAGAAAUAUCCGAUAAAUUUGUGGAAUUGAACGAAACGAUGGGGCUGGAGCUGGACUUAAAUGGGACCACUGGAGGACUCUGA